CAGUCACCUUCCCAAAUACAGGCUCAUUUUCACAUUCGCUGAUCCUUCUGGGUUCCUCUUCAUUUUUCGCUAAUUACAUCCGUCAGCCCUAAAGGCUAAAGGAGCAAAGGCGAGUGCAUUAGCUCUCUUCUCCUGAGCUAUCAGUGGCUUUUUAAGCGAGCAUGAUGGACUCACAAAGCCAGAAUACUUCGUUACAGAGGCUUCAGAAUGUUGAAAAGAGGAUAGUUAGGGUUUUGGAGCUGGCUGGAGGAGUAAUGGAUGAAUUGGCAAACCCAAGUGGCCCUAGGAAGGAGCUGAUUAACAAUCAAUGCAGCGAGUUCAUGCAACUAAUUAAGGAUAUCCAGGUGACAUUGCGAGAAGAAAUCAAAAGUGCAUGUGAAUAUCGUCCAUUUGAGAAGUGUGACUAUGUCCCAAGAAUAGCCAGUGAGAUCUGCUGUGAGAAACUGGAAUACGUCAUUUCACAACUGGAUGAUAUGAAGCAGACAAUUGAUAAAUAUCACGGUUCAACUUGAAGCUAUAUCUUCUAAAUCUAGUAGGCUUACCAAGCCGCAGUUCCCACUUCCCAGAUUAUUCAAUAUGCCAUGAGGAAUUGCAAUGCUUGGAAUCUGUAUCAUGAUAUUGACUUGGAUCUUUAUCCAAAUCGGAAACAAAUUACAGAAUCAUAUUACAUUAUUGCUAUGAUUUUGCCUGGUUUUAUUAUUGUUAUCACA